AUGCUUCGUGUUUUCCUUGGAGCCGUCCUUCUGGCCACUAGUCUUCAUGCUUUCCCAGUCGAGAAUCUAGCAGAUUGUCCAUUCCCAAAUGGAACAGAUAAGGCUAUUCACUCCUACAUGUGCUCUAACAAUGAACAAUUCUCCAUUACUGAUAUUCAAACAUUGGACAAGAACGGCAAGCCACUCUAUCCAAUUGACCCACGUCAAGAAUUCAUUCUGAAUCUCACUACUUAUAACCACGGACCACAAAUUGAUGACAACCAUGUCAAUGUGAAGAUCAAUCAAUACAAAUCUGGAUGGUCAGGAGAUUGUUCGUGGCAAGCAAUUCCAACAUUCGGCUUGUUGAAUGGAAUCGAUGGAUGCCAAUUCGCUCACAACUGCCCAUUGACUUCUGGACCACUCUUCUUGAUUUUGCCAUUGGAUUUGAGUCAAUUCUCAGCAAUCAUUAACAUGUUGGCAGCCUAUAAACCAUACGAACUCGAAAUCCGCAUGUUCAACUACAACGCUGGAAACACCGCCCACGAGGAGAUCGCAUGUGUCAUGGCUCAAGUGGAGCUCUCAUAA